CCACCAAGUCUCGCCCUCAGAACUCGCGAGAGAAUCUCUCCGCGACAGCAGCGCCCAGAAAAGGCUGCUUGAACACAAUGGAGCACUUAGGGACAGUGGACCCAGAAGAUGAUUCAGGAUUAUUAUCCCGCCUUGCACCUAGUCCUCACAGUGAAGCAGUUGCUCAUGAACUUCAGGAACUGUCCUUGCAGCCUAGCCAGUAUUUACCCCCACUCAAUGAGAGAAAGAAUGUACUUCAACUGAGGCUACAACAAAGGCGGACAAGAGAACAGCUGGUAGAUCAGGGAAUCAUGCCACCUUUGAAGAGCCCAGCUGCAUUCCACGAGCAGAUAAAGAGCUUGGAAAGAGCCAGGACUGAAAACUUUUUGAAGCACAAGAUCCGAAGUAGACCAGAUCGAUCAGAGUUGGUCAGGAUGCACAUACUUGAAGAAACAUUUGCAGAACCCUCCCUCCAGGCAACUCAGAUGAAAUUGAAGAGGGCACGCUUGGCAGAUGAUCUGAAUGAGAAGAUUGCUCAGAGGCCUGGCCCGAUGGAACUUGUGGAGAAAAACAUCCUGCCUGUAGACUCCUGUGUUAAAGAAGCAAUCAUAGCAAGAGAAGCAACAUCUCCAGCCACACCAACCUCCUCCUCUACCCAGCAUUCAGCAUUAACAUCAUCAGUACCUGAACUUCUGAAGUCAGCUGCUACAAAUCAGCACAGUACACGCUGUACAACUGCUGCUUCUGUUACUACAAAUACUACAUCUACAGCAAAACACUGCAUCGGGCCAACACUAAUAAAGCAACCCCACCCCAGGAAUCCAAAUGACAAGCCUCGAAGCAAGAAAUGCAAAGAACCAAAGCCCAAAGUGAAGAAGCUGAAAUACCACCAGUACAUCCCACCUGAUCAGAAAGGUGAGAAGAAUGAACCACAGAUGGAUUCCAACUAUGCUCGCUUGCUACAGCAGCAACAACUUUUCUUGCAACUCCAGAUCCUGAGCCAACAACAACAACACUACAACUACCAGACAAUCCUUCCUGCGCCUCUCAAGUCAAUUAAUGACAAUCAGAAUAACACUGGUAAUGCGUUACUGAAUACUUUGAGCAGUAGUACAUCUUCAGCAACAAGCAGCACACAAAAACCAAAUAUUCUCAACAGAAAACCAGGACCUCUACCUCCUAGUUUGGAUGACUUAAAGGUGGCUGAACUGAAAAUGGAACUAAAGCUAAGAGGGUUGCCAGUCUCUGGAACAAAAAUGGAUCUUAUUGAGCGUUUGAAAUCUUAUCAGGAUCUGAACAACAAUGCCGUCAGCUCAAGUAAUGCAGUGGUGGUAACACCUUCCUCUAACGGCACCACUAAUCCUGGCGAAGUAGCUGCAGUAUUUCCUGUUGCUACGUUAAAUAAACCAGCAGUUAGUUCUGUUCCCACCAGCUUUCCUUCUGAAACAAAUUCGGUUGGAAAUGGCAGCAAAUCAAUAUCAAUGGAAUGCAUCAGCUCCCCUUUGCCCGUUUCCCCACCUCCUUCGGAGCAAUCCAGUUUGAGCACUGAUGACACUAACAUGGCAGAUACUUUGACAGAAAUUAUUACUAUGAUGUCCCCCUCACAGCUCCUGGGUACCUCACCUCUUAAGCUGACCGCAAGUGACAAUGAUCACAGUAGUGGAAGCAUGGCAAAUAUGGAACUUGACGUGGCAGAAAAGGACCGUAAACUUCAAGAGAAAGAAAAGCAGAUUGAAGAGCUCAAAAGAAAACUGGAACAGGAGCAGAAACUUGUAGAAGUGCUGAAAAUGCAACUCGAGGUGGAAAAGCGGGGCCAGCACCAGCAGUCUCAAGCCUCAGCUAAUGUAGCAGUGACUUUGAGUCAGAAGCGUGUGAGUCCUGGUGUCAAAGAAGAAGGCACUUUAGCAGAUUGCUCUGAUGCAAGACAAUCAAUACCUGAAGCCAACUCUUCUUUAGGACAGGGAAUGUCAGUGGAUGUCCAGAACGUUGUUGCCAAAAAGGCUGUUGUUAUCAAGCAUGAAGUCCCUUUGGCCAAAGCUGAACCGCAUAACGUUUUAUCUCAGUUCUGUGUAAAUUCCCAGAGACAGCCACAAAGUGCUGUCAUUGCUCAGCCUCAGGCGCUACUUACUGCACAAGGAACAACACAGCUGCUACUUCCACUCUCUCUCCAGGGUCCAAAUUCAGCCACUCCAGUGCAGCUAUCUCUAGGCAAUAUCCAGGUACAGGUCCAUCCACAAACAGAAAUUCCAAGCAUGGCACAUGUAUCUUCUUCCUCUAAUUUACCAUGUUCAACAGAAAAUGUUCCGCGGAUACACACUUCAGUACCCAAACAAAAUGCUUCCUCACAACAUGCACUUGGCGACACCCCACAAAACAGAAAGGCAUUCUCUUCUACCUCACCAAAUGCAGUGUUUUCCUGUCAGAAUGAGUCUGUUACAACUCAGCAGCAACCCUUGUUUAAUCAGGCAACAAGCACCGCAGUUCACUCAGGAAACCAGGGGCCUUUAGUACAAAAUGGACCCAUUGCCCCUCUAAAGCCUGCCUCCAUGUCUCAGCCUCAGCAGUACACUUUAGAACAAGUUCUGUUCAACAAUUCAGUUACCAUGAAAAAAGAUCCCCCACGCUAUGAAGAAGCCAUCAAACAGACACGCAGCUUGCAGGCUUCUCAACAAGAGGUUUCUGGCGCACACAGCCAGCAAAUGGAUGACCUUUUUGAUAUCCUUAUUAAGAGUGGAGAGAUUUCCAUGCCUACCAAGGAAGAACCUCAUCUAAUUUCCAAAAUGAGACCAGUUACUGCCAAUAUCACCAUGAUGCCCGUGAACACAGUGGUGUCACGUCCUCCACCACAAGUCCAGACGGCCCCUCCACUCUCCUUGGAACUAACAAGCAAUUUCUCUGUAUCUCUAGAAAACCAACUAGAAGCCCUCUUGGAAGGAACUCUGCCUUCGGGGAAUGAAAUGGUUCAAUUAGCAAGCAGUAAUGAAGAGAGAGAGUCUUUGUCUCUUAUCGAGGACCUUCAAAAUGAUCUUCUAAAUCACUCUGAUAUUCUAGAUCACUCACAGUCACCUAUGGAAACUUCUGAUUCUCAGUUCAGUACUACUCAUUCCUGUUUAUCUCUUGACCUUCCAGACACAAAUUUAGACAACAUGGAGUGGUUAGACAUUACAAUGCCAAACACAUCAUCGGGAAUAACACAUCUCAGCUCAGCUAGUCCAAGCAUGUUCUCAACAGAUUUUUUUGAUCCACAGGAUCUACAGCUGCAUUGGGAUUAAUGGAAAAAGGCAAGGCCUACCUGACCAUAAUUUUUAAAGAUGUAUUUUGCUGUAUAGGUCCAUUGCUUCACUAUAUUAGUUUACAAGACCAUCUUUAAAAUGAUCUUCAGGGAUUAAAAAAAAUCGAAAGCAUAAACAGUAAAAAAAUUGUAAACUGCUAUGGUUGGUCAAAGUAUGAAAAGAUGGCUUUGUAAUCCUGUGAAAAUUUAUCACUGGCUAGGAAGAAGGGAAAAGAAGCAAGAUUGCAAUUCAUUAUCAAGAGGAAUUGUUCACUGUAUUUGGAAAAAGAAAUAAUGGUUGGAAUCCAGUAAUAAGUGACAGGCAGAGUAGGCCUUGGAUACCCAAUGUGGUGUAGUGAAUAGAGUGAGGGACUAGACUCAGGAAGCCUGGCUUCAAAUCUCUGCUGAGCUGUGGAAAUGUGCCUGGGUGCGUGGAACCAGUAAAUAACACUAAUAAAUAUGUGCCAUCAGGUCAGUUCUGAUUUAUGGCGACUCUUCAAGGUUUUUAAGGUAGAGAAUACUCAGAAUUGGUUUCUUCUGGGGUUGCCCUUGAAUUGGGCGUGUAGGCUUUACUUGCAGGAUGAUGGAAUCAAAUUCUCAACCUCUGGUACUGCAGCCAGAUACUGAAAGUAUCAGCUGUCCGGUGAGCAAAACUGUGAAAGCCAUUUCUUAAACAUCACACUUACCUGAAAGCCCUCUUAGGGUCACUGUAAGUUGGUUCCAGCUUAACAACAUAUAACAACAAAAAUAGGCCCAUUGAAU